AUGGUGGUGGCCAUGUGGAGGGAAGGAACUACCCAUUCAUUUGUAUCCAAUGAAUGUGUAAGGAGGCUCGGUCUAGUGAUGCGAGAGCUAGCGUGUGAGUUGAUUGUUGCGACACCAGCGUCUGGGGAGGUAUCCACCACGUCUGUUUGUGUGGGAUGCCCUAUAGAGGUGGCAGGUCGCAGGUUCAAGGUCAAUCUCAUCUGCUUACCAAUUGAGGGGUUAGAUGUGAUUCUGGGUAUGGAUUGGGUAGUGUUCCCAGAAGUAGAAGGACUGGAACUGAUAUCAUUCAAUCAGGCAGAGAAAGAGAUUGAGGCAGGGGCUACAUGUUUUAUGAUAGUAGCUCAGACGGAGAAGAAGAGUACUACAGAGAAGAUUAGUCUGAUUCCUGUGGUAGAUGAAUACGUAGAUGUCUUCCCUGACGAAAUCCCAAAGUUGCCACCAAGCAGGGAUGUGGAUUUCACCAAUGAUCUCAUCCCUGGGGCUGACCCAGUAUCUAUGGCACCAUAUCAGAUGGCACCAGUUGAGUUAGCAGAGUUGAAGAAGCAGAUUGAGGAUCUGCUUGAGAAGAAAUUUAUCAGGUCGUGUGCAUCGCCAUGGGGGGCACCGAUAUUACUUGUGAAAAAGAAGGAUGGCAGUUCCAGGUUGUGUGUUGACUACCGGCAACUGAAUAAGUGA